UAAAAAGCAAAUAAAAACCAGUUUCUGAGUAACACUUGAAAGAUUUUCUUUCUCACUCAUGUGACCCAUGGCAACAAAUCAAAACCUCAAAGAUCUCCAAUGGCUUCUCAUUGCCAUCAAAUCCGAGAGCCUCAAUUUACAUAACAUCUCCUUCUACUUCUCACAGCCCACUUCUGGUUGUUACCAAGAAACAGAAAACUCCAUGAACAUCAACAUUUCAAGAGACAACAAUAACAGUAAUGUCUCAAACUUCUCUGAGAUCUUAACACUUUUGGCAAGUUCUAAAACCUGCCAAUCAUGUCUGAGAAACUUGGAGUUCCACAAGGCUGAAUGGGAAACACAACAAGUGAAAAGCCUUGGGGUUUUGCUUGAGAGAAACUCAAGCAUAAAGCAAGUUGUGUUUAGGAGAAACAAGUUGAGCAAAGAAUGUAUGUCUGAAUUAUGUGAAGCUGUGAAGAGAAAUAGAGUGAUUAAAGAGAUUGUUUUUUGUGAGUCCGGAAUUGGGCAUGCGGGAGCUGAGCUUCUUGCUUGUUCUCUGAAAGUAAAUGAAAGUUUGGAAGAAUUACAAAUAUGGGAGGACUCAAUUGGGUCAAGAGGAUCAGAGGAGCUCUCAAAGAUGAUUGAAGUGAAUUCAACACUCAAGUUGUUGACAAUCUUCGACUCGAAUUCCAUCACAGCGACUCCGCUUAUUUCCGCGGUUUUAGCGAGGAAUAGGACAAUGGAAGUCCAUGUUUGGAGUGGAGAAAAUGGGGAGAAAAGUUCAAAGGUGGUCGAGUUUGUGCCAGAAAACAGCACACUUAGAAUAUACAGAAUUGACAUUUCAGGUGCCUGCAGGGUUGCUUGCUCUCUGGGGCUGAACUCGACCGUGAAGUCGCUUGACAUGACCGGAGUGCGGCUUAAAUCACGGUGGGCUAAGGAAUUCAGAUGGGUUUUGGAGCAGAAUCAAAGCCUUAAAGAGGUUAACUUGUCAAAAACUUGCUUGAAAGACAAAGGAGUUGUUUAUGUGGCUGCUGGGCUAUUUAAGAACCGGAGUUUGGAGAGCUUGUAUCUUGAUGGAAACUGGUUCGGAGGCGUUGGAGUGGAACAUUUGCUUUGUCCUUUGAGCAGAUUUUCCACAUUACAAAUGCAAGCCAACAUUACUCUAAAAUGUUUGACAUUUGGUGGUGGAAGGACCAAGAUUAGAAGAGAUGGUCUUGCAGCCAUACUACAGUUGCUGACAACCAAUGAGACUUUGACUCGGUUAGGUAUAUACGACGAUGAGAGUUUGCGAUCGGAUGAUUUUGUGAAGAUCUUCAAUAGUUUGCAGAAGAAUGCCUCCUUGAGAUACUUGUCUUUACAAGGCUGCAAAGGGGUUCAAGGAGAGUUGGUAUUGGAAACUAUCAUGGAGACACUGCAGGUGAAUCCUUGGAUUGAAGAGAUCGAUCUUGCGAGAACACCGCUGCAGAAUUCAGGAAAGGCUGAUGGAAUUCACCAAAGGUUGGGCCAGAAUGGGAAGAGUGAACCGGAAAUGGAUACUCUUAAGGACAUGCCUCUAACAGUGCCAAAGAGUUGUAGAGUUUUCUUCUGUGGUCAAGAAUAUGCAGGUAAGACUACACUAUGCAAUUCCAUAUCACAGAACUUCUCCACUUCAAAGCUUCCCUACAUAGACCAAGUAAGAACCAUAGUGAAUCCGGUCGAACAAGCUGUUAGAACAGUUGGAAUGAAGAUCAAAACUUUCAAGGAUGAGGACACAAAGAUCUCAAUAUGGAAUCUUGCUGGUCAGCACGAAUUCUAUUCCCUCCAUGAUCUCAUGUUUCCGGGACAUGGAAGCGCGUCAUUCUUCCUCAUCAUAUCCAGUCUGUUCAGAAAACCAAGCAAUAGAGAAACAAAGACUCCAAUGGAGAUAGAAGAAGACCUUCAAUAUUGGCUAAGGUUCAUAGUCUCCAACUCAAGAAGAGCAGUCCAACAAUGCCUCCUACCAAAUGUGACCAUUGUCCUCACACACCAUGACAAGAUCAACCAACCAUCACAAAACUUGCAGGCUGCGGUACACUCGAUCCAAAGAAUGCGAGAAAAGUUCCAAGGCUUCGUCGAAUUCUACCCUACUGUCUUCACAGUCGAUGCAAGAUCAUCAGCAUCGGUCAGCAAACUCGCUCAUCAUAUCCGAAAAACGAGCAAGACGAUUCUCCAAAGAGUCCCAAGGAUUUACCAGCUUUGCAAUGAUCUAAUCCAAAUGUUAUCAGAUUGGAGAUCAGAGAACUACAACAAGCCUGCAAUGAAGUGGAAGGAGUUCGGUGAGCUUUGCCAAGUGAAGGUUCCACCGCUAAGAAUUCGAUCGAGACAUGACAACAAAGAGAGAGUUGAAAUGAGAAGAAGGGCAGUUGCUACUUGUCUUCACCACAUAGGAGAAGUCAUAUACUUUGAUGAACUGGGGUUCUUGAUAUUGGACUGUGAGUGGUUCUGUGGUGAAGUUCUUGGCCAACUAGCAAGACUUGAUGUGAGAAGGCAAAGCUCAGCGGAGCGAAACGGAUUUAUAAGUAGGAAAGAUUUGGAGAAGAUUUUGAAAGGAAGUUUGCAAAGCCAGAUUCCUGGAAUGAGUUCUAAGGUGUUUGAGAACUUGGAUGCAAGUGAUCUUGUGAGAAUGAUGCUUAAACUUGAACUAUGUUAUGAACAAGAUCCAUCAGAUCCUAAUUCUCUGUUGUUGAUUCCAUCAAUUCUUGAAGAAGGAAGAGGAAGGCCACAAAAAUGGCAAAUUAGCAGUCCUGAGUGUGUUUAUGCUGGGAGGCAUCUUGAGUGUGAUGAUUCAAGCCACAUGUUUCUCACACCAGGAUUCUUUCCUAGAUUACAGGUGCAUCUUUAUAACAAGAUCAUGGGGUUAAGGAACCAACAUGGUGCCACUUACAGCCUUGAGAAGUACUUAAUCUCCAUAAACAUAAAUGGAAUCUAUAUCAGAGUGGAGCUAGGAGGACAACUUGGUUACUACAUUGAUAUUCUGGCAUGUUCAACCAAGAACAUCACAGAAACACUUAGGCUGAUCCAUCAGCUCAUAAUACCAGCAAUCCACAGCCUCUGCCAUGGCAUCACCUUGACCGAAACCGUAAUGAGGCCGGAGUGCGUGCAAAAUCUGACUCCCCCAAGAUACAGGAGAAGUCAGUUUGUCUCAUUGCAGGUGUUGAAACGCGCAUUGCUUUCGGUUCCCGCGGAUGGCAUGUAUGAUUAUCAGCACACCUGGGAUGCAGUUUCCGACUCUGGAAGGACGGUUCUAUCCCCUGGCUUCGAUUUUGCCCGAGACCUUCUAUCGGAAGAUGACUUCCGCGAGGUGCUGCACCGGAGGUAUCAUGAUUUGUACAACCUUGCUGUGGAGCUACAAGUCUCGCCUGAAACUAAUCCAGAUGGAUCAGAGCAGGCGCUGUCCACGGGCGAUGAUCAUGAAAAAGUUGAUCCUAGUUUAGGGGGAAUUGCCAAAGGCUUGGAAGUAGUUUUGCAAAGGCUGAAGAUCAUUGAACAAGAGAUCAGAGACUUGAAGCAGGAGAUUCAAGGGCUGCGAUACUACGAGCACAGGCUCUUAACCGAGCUUCAUCAAAAAGUCAACUAUCUAGUCAACUACAAUGUCCAAAUUGAAGAGAGAAAAGUUCCCAACAUGUUCUUCUUUGUUAAGACAGAAAACUACUCUAGGAGGUUGAUCACCACCAUGAUCUCGGGCAUGACUGCUCUUCGGCUGCACAUGUUAUGCGAAUUCCGCCGAGAAAUGCACGUUGUUGAGGAUCAGAUGGGGUGUGAGAUAAUGCAGGUUGACAACAUGGCUGUCAAGUGUUUAGCUCCAUACAUGUCAAAGUUCAUGAAGCUGUUAACAUUUGCUCUCAAGAUAGGAGCUCACCUAGCAGCUGGAAUGGGGGAAAUGAUACCGGAUUUGAGCAAGGAAGUCGCCCACCUAGCGCACUCGCCCCUUCUCACUGGAGCAGCAGGGGCGGCUGCAGCCGGGGCUGUGGGAGCCGCGGCUAUGGGAGCCGCGGCUAUGGGAAGGAACAGAAGCAGGGGUGGGGACACAAGGGAUAUUCAGCAAGAUCUAAGAACAGCACAGCAGUGGGUGGUGGACUUUCUCAGGGACAGAAGAUGCUCAACUGGGAAGGAAAUUGCAGAGAAGUUUGGCUUGUGGAGAGUGAGGUAUAGAGAUAGCGGUCAGAUUGCUUGGAUAUGUAGGAGGCAUAUUCACCUCAGAGCUCAUGAAGUUAUUGAAGUCCCCAUUUGAAUUUAUGCAAAAGUAGAAAAAAUGAAACUUAUUUUCUUUGCAAAUAAA